UGUGAUGUGGCGUUAAUCCGUGGGGGAUUGGUUUUACAGCGGAGCCUAGCGGGGGAGGAAUGACCGAUUUAACAGUUUGAACUCCUCAAAACACCGACUUUAGACGCUUAAACGGACAAACCGGAGCAGUAAAGGCAGAAACAAGAGGCUGUUAAUUAUGCGAGUCAAACUUUAGACUUGUGUUCUUUUGGGGGACGCUAACGGGGCAGUCCGCUAAGGGAUCAACAUGGAUGUCCUGGGAGCAACGGUGCACCUCUAAACGAACAAUUAAGGCCGUCUGUGGUCAUUCUGAUCCCAGAGUUUGUUUAAAGAAGCUGAGAAGGGACUUUCAAACCAGGAGGUCAUUUCGCCAGAUGUUGAGGCUGUGGAGGAGAGACGUGCCGCUGUCAGAGAGGCCGAGAGAGGACUCUCCUCUCCGCAGGGAUCCCGGAACACCCUCCGCCGUGCCCAUGGGGCCCAACAUUUCUUGGCUCUCCGAAGCCCCACUCCUGGGCACGGACCAGCCUACCUUCUUGAUGACCCCGGCGGCGCAGGCCGUGUCUGGAUUUUUUGUCUGGAUUGCGCUCAUCCUCACCUGUCACCAGAUCUACAUGCACCUCCGUUUCUACACCUCCCCCCGAGAGCAGCGCCACAUUGUGCGCAUCCUCUUCAUCGUUCCCAUCUACGCCUUCGAUUCCUGGCUCAGCCUCCUCUUCUUCACCAACGACCAGUUCUACGUUUACUUUGACACCAUCAGGGACUGUUAUGAGGCCUUUGUCAUUUACAACUUCCUGAGUCUGUGCUACGAGUAUCUGGGAGGAGAGAGCGCCAUUAUGGCAGAGAUCCGUGGGAAACCCAUUGAGUCCAGCUGCCUGUACGGUACCUGCUGUCUAAGAGGAGCCUACUCCAUCGGGUUCCUGAGGUUCUGUAAGCAGGCCACGCUGCAGUUCUGUGUAGUCAAGCCGCUGAUGGCCAUCAUCACCGUGAUCCUGCAGGCUUAUGGGAAAUAUAAAGAUGGAGACUUCAACGUUGCCGGCGGUUACCUGUAUGUGACCAUCAUCUACAACAUCUCCGUCAGCCUGUCCCUCUACGCUCUCUUCCUCUUCUACUUCACCACCCGGGAGCUGCUCGGCCCCUACAGCCCCAUGCUCAAGUUCUUUGUGAUCAAGUCUGUCAUCUUCCUCUCCUUCUGGCAAGGCAUGCUGCUGGCCAUCCUGGAGAAGUGUGGGGCCAUCCCUCAGAUUAACUCCUUGGAGGUGUCCGUCGGAGAGGGCACGGUCGCCGCCGGUUACCAGAACUUUAUCAUCUGCAUCGAGAUGUUUUUUGCUGCUCUGGCCCUGCGACACGCUUUCACGUAUCGAGUCUACAUGGAUAAAAGAUUGGACUCACGAGGCCGCUGUGCUCCGAUGAAGAGCAUCUCCAGCAGCCUAAAGGAGACGAUGAGCCCCGGGGACAUGGUCCAGGAUGCCAUCCACAACUUCUCCCCGGCCUACCAGCAGUACACCCAGCAGUCCACACUAGAGCAGGGGGCGGCGCCGCCCAUCUCCCGGGCCCACAGUAUCGUUGGCGCCCGCGGCGACACGGAGAAGACGCUCCUGCUCAGCUCUGAUGAUGAGUUCUAGCGCUCCAGGUCAGCCCGUCUGGUUCCUGCAGCUGAACUGUCCUCCGAUAGUGGAUGGUCACAGACCCAGUGGUCUCCUGCAUGAACACUCCUGUGCCCACAUCACCCAGACGUCUUAUUGUGGCGGGACAAGUGUUGAUUGUGUAGAGUCACAUCUCCAGCACUAGAAAUCCUGUUUAAUAUCGGACAGACAAGCUUCUCCUGCUUGGGUUGAAGCUUGUUUUCAUCCUUCAGCUGGUCCACAUUUCCUAAAGGUGUGGCUCGGUAGCAGCGCAGUCCUCUCAGCUGGUGGUGUCUCUAGGGAAGGACGAGGUUCAUGAUAAAAACAAGGUUGGAGUUUUAAAUAUUUUCUGUGAAUGGAAUGAAAAUUUGUUGUCAAAGAUAUAUACUUUUAUUUUGCUAACUUCAAAAUGUAUUUUGGUAGUUUGUUUGCAAGAGUCUGACACAGCGGUUUGUCUGUAAAGUAGAUCCAUGUGCUUAAAGUUGUUUCUGUGUUGUAACAUGGACCGUAAUGGAUGGGAACGUGACCCGGAAGUAGGCCGGCUCAGCCGAUGUCACCCACACGGGUCAAUGUUGUCCGGGGGGGGGGGGUCGUCAUCUGCUCCGGUUGGAAUAAAGUACCAAACACAGCAGAAGGUGGAACGAUGGAACAUAUGUAACCUUUAACCUCAUGACAUUGUUGUUUCUCAGCUUGUAGCAGGUGAUGAAUCUGGGGGCCAUUUUGGUAUUUGCUCCAGUGUCAGAGCUGAGAAUGAUCUUUCUGAACAGCCUCUGUCUGGAGAAGUAGCAUUUACAAUCGAGCGGCGCAGUAAGCUAACAGUUAACCAGAGGAGAAUUAGCUGCCUGCUUAAAAAGGGAUUUAGAUGUAUGUGAAGUUUUUGGACAGAAUAAGAGAUUCCUGCUGGAUGUGCUACGUUGUUCCUGUACUAGUAACAUUCAUGAAAUCUGAAGGCUGUUAUGUCAAUGUGAAAUUUAGUAGAUUUGAGGUUUUAUGACAACAGAAACACAUUUUGGUCUUGCUAGAGUUCAAACUAGCUGUUAGCCUAUCAGUCCUGUUUCUCUAAACAGAGGCUGUUCAGGAAGCAAUCCACAACAGGUAAGGUGGUAAAAUAACUCAUAAAAGAAAUCUCCCAUUGAAUCGGAGUUAUUUACCUCUGAUUGGUCAUGUUUAACAACUGUCCUAAAUCAUCCAGUAAAAGAACUGUCUUCUGUUUACAGCUCAGUGUUAAAAUCCUGUUCAACGCUGGUUUCCCGCUCGUCUUGAAGUCUUAGCUGAGAAACAGUCACACAAGUUUCAGAUGAGUUAUCAUGACUGUUCUGGUUAAUAAAACACUAAAUCCUA